UGUCAUGUUGCCCGAAGAGAUGGGACUCACAUGGAGGUCCCUUUUCAGCCACACCCUGAUAAAGCCACAGGGCCUUCUCUUGGGACACCCAUGGCGUGGGCUCUGCACUGCCCACCCCACCAUGGCACCCUCAGCUCAGCCCAGGCUGGGUCUCUGUGGUGGGUGGCAGCAGGUGCUCGCAGAGGAAAGGGCUCUGCAAUCAAACCCCACCUCUCAGCUACACUGGCUUCUCCACCACAUCUUCCCAGCUAGAGUCUUUGAAGCAGUGGGGGCUGCCCCCAGGAGCUCAAACCCCCAUGGCUGCCUCCAUGUCAGAGUGGGUCUGUGUGAUGGCUCCAGCUAGUUCCUGGGUGAGCAUGGUGCUGUUCUGGGGCCUUGCUGCCCAUCAGCAUCCUCUGCCCAACUCUACCUCUGCAUCCUGAAGGCACAUACUGGGACAGAGACAACCACCUCCACAUCCCAUGGGACAGGCAGAGAGGAAGGGUUCCCAGCACUGCUCCAACCUCCUGGUGGGCUGGACUCUUACAGGGACCCCCAAGUCACUGCAGGCCCUUUCCUCUGCAUUUUGUGGCCCCAAAGUCCUGCUAAACAGCAAGCUCCCUGCCUGCACCUGCAGCAUCUACCAGCCCUGGGGUUCAUCCUACAGCUUCAUCUGCACCAAGAGAGCCACCCAGCAGUGCCUCUCCUCCAGCCUGGACCCCAGCUCUCGGGAGCGUGAGCAGCCUGCUAACCUCUUGAAGAGCUCUCUUCUGGCUCCUCAGAUGACUUCCAGCCCUGAGAGGGAGACGCUGGCCAGCAGCAGAGCCAGCAUUAUGGUCCAGGACAAACUCACUGCUUCCAAGUGCCAGCCUGUGCUCCAGCGUGGCUACCAGUGCACGUUGUGCUGCCCCAUCUUCCCCACACCGUGGCUGCUCAAGACCCACAUCCAGCACAGCUCCCAGGAGGGCUACAGCUGCAAGGGGUUCUACCGCAGGCCUCAGGUCCUGGGGGAGCAGGAGCUCAAGGCACAGGAGGCUGCAGAUCCCGGGGUGCCGGCUGCCCCAGCAGCCAGGCGGCUGCCACUGGAGGGCACUGCUCCAUCACUGCUGCCAGCAGCAGGACGAAUUGUUUCAGGAGCAGUCAGCUCCUGCCUGCGCGCUGUUUUUGCCUACACAACACUUCUGCCAUCCUUUAAGAGAGGCUCUUCCCUAUUUUUCCUUCUCCAGCUGCCAAAAAUUUCCCGAGCCCCUGGAAGUGCCGAUUAGCAUCUCUGUGGGGAGCUCUGCAGAUGCCAGGAAGCCCCUGGAACCCUCCAGCUGUUGGAUCAGCAGCCCUGAGAUGAGCAGCGCAGUGGCUGAAGGGCAAGACUGAAACACCUCUGCUCCCAGCAAUAUUCUGGGCACCUUGCUCUCGUGGGCAUCCUGUGGCUAGCACCACAGGCAGGGGUCCCACAGGAGAGGAAGCUUAGGUUGGAGGGAGU